AUGGUUCAAAGAAAGGUCCCAAACAAUCUUAGUAUCCAAACACAACAUGUUAAAUUUGACAAAUUUCCCACAAACAUGAAACUAUCUUCUUCAUCUUCUCAUCAACAAAACCAAGAUGAUAAAAGUAAACUUUCUAAGAAAAUGAAGAUAUCAAACUCAAUCAAACUCUCUCAUCUUGAGACUCUUCAACUUCAAUCAACACCAAUUUCAACAAAAACAACAACAACAAAAGAUGGUUCACCAAAUUACAUGAAGCACACAAGUAGUUCACAAUCAAAAAAGGAACUUUUUCAUGUAAGUCUUAGAAAAACUCAAUCUUGCUCUGUUUCUAAGAAUCUUGAUACAAAAUUUUCUAGUGAUUAUUCAUGUAAAAAACCUAGUUUGAGUUUGGUUAGAACAUUAACAAAAACUACUAGUUUUAAGGGUUCUAGAAAUUCUCCUAGAAAAUCAACAAGGGCUACUUGUUCUUCCACUCUGAAAGACUCAAACUUUCCAUCAUAUCUUGAGCUUAAUCAUGGUGGAACUGAGUUAGAGGGAAGUUAG